GAUCUUUGGGGCAAAGAAGAGUAGAUUUGUUAUGCCUGUGACAUAUAAUGACUGAGGGACAAUGGGCAAAUGGUACUUAACCUCCCAGUGCUCCAUAAGACUUUUUUAAUCUGUGAAGUUGGUGAUCUUCAUGUGACUAAAUCCUAAAUUCCUAAGUGGGAGUGAAGUCAUGAAGUUUGCUAGGUCUAUGAAAUCCCAGGCCAGAUUUUUUUUUAAUAAUAGCUUUUUAUUUUCAAAAUACAUGCAAAGCUAGUUAAUAUUCAUUCUUGCAAAAUUUUGUGUCCCAAAUUUUUCUCCCUCCCUUCUUUUCUCCCCCAGACAGCAAGUAAUCUAAUGUAGACUGAAAAUGUGCAGUUCUUCCAUACAUAUUGCCACAAUUAUCAUGCUGCAAACACAUACAAAAAAAAAAAAAGAUCAAAAAGAAAAAAAUGAGAAAGUUAAAAAAAAAUCAAGCAAACAACAAAAAGGUGAAAAUAUGCUGUGAUCCACAUUCAGUCCCCAUUAUCUUCUCUCUGGAAGCAGACAGCUUUCUCCAUCACACUGGAAUUGACCUGAAUCAACUCACUAUUGAAACCACAUCCAUCAAAGUUGAUCAUCAUAUAAUCUUGCUGUUGCCAUGUACAAUGAUCAUCUGGUUCUAAUCACUUCACUCAGCAUCAGUUCAUGUAAGUCUCUCCAGGUUUUUCUGAAAUCAGUCUGCUUGUCUUAUAGAACAACAAUAUUCCAUAACAUUCAUAUAUCAUAACUUAUUCAGCCAUUCUUCAACUGAUGGGCAUCCACUCAAUUUCCAGGUCCUUAUCACUACAAAAAGGCCUGCUACCAGCAUUUUUGCAUUUAUGAUCUCUUUGGGAUACAGACCCAGUAGAAAUACUGCUGGAUCAAAGAAUAUGUACAGUUUGAUAGCCCUAUGGGCAUAGCUCCAAAUUGUUCUCCAGAAUGGUUGAAUCAGUUCACAACUCCACCAACAAUGUAUUAGUGUUCCAGUUUUCCUACAUCUGCUCCAAUAUUCAUUGUUUUCUAGUUAUUCUAGCCAGUCUGAGAGGUAUGUAGUGGUACUUCAGAGUUGUCUUAAUUUGCAUUUCUCUAAUCUAUACUUAUUUGGAGCAUUUUUCCAUAUUAAUAGAAAUGACUAAUUUCUUCACCAGAAAAUUGUUUGUUCAUUUCCUUUGGCCAUUUAUCAAUUGGAGAAUGGCUUGUAUUCUUAUAGAAGUGAGUCAAUUCUCUAUAUUAUAAAUGAGGCCUUUAUCAGAAGAUAUAAACUUUUCCCCCCCAGUUUUCUGCUUCCCUCUUUACCUUGGCUGAAUUGGUUUUAUUCAUACAUAAACUUUUUAAUUUAAUAUAAUCAAAAUUAUUCAUUUUACAAUUCAUCAUGUUCGCUGGUUCUUCUUUGGCCAUAAAUUCCUUCCUUCUCCACAGGUUUGAAAGGUAGACUAUCCCUUGUUCUUCUAAUUUGCUUAUAGUAUCACCUUGUAUGUCUAAAAUCAUAAAUCCAUCUUGAUCUUAUCUUGGUAUAGGGUGUUAGGUGUUGGUCAAUACCUAGUUUCUGCCAGGCCCAGAUUUUUAAAUCUGGCCACCCCUGUGCACUUUUCCUGGCAAUCUUCCACGUUUAUAAUUUUCUUCUUUCUCAUCUCUUCCAGACUCAAUUAAAAUCCCACUUUUUCCAAACUCCCUUAGUCAAAUGUCUUUUAUUAUUAUUAUUACCAUCAUCACUCCAAUAUAUUCCGUAUCUUGUUUGUCCAUAGUGGUUUACUUAUAAUCUCCCUCCUAAGACAUGAGCUCCUUGAAAGCAGGGGAAUUCUCUAUUGCUUUUUCCCCCCCUGGUAAUUGCAGCACUUUAGCACACAAGGCCUAGGCCUUGGAAGGCACUUAAUAAAUAAAUACUUGUAGGCUUAAUUAAGCUCUAAGGUCCAUGAAGCCAGACUAGCUUGGCUUCCCUACUAGCUGGGUGACCCUGUGAUGGAGCAAACUAUUGCAGAAUCUUUGUCAAGAAAAGUCAACCUAGGAUCACCCGAAGGGUCGGGCUGAAAUGAGUAAUUCUUGAGCACACAGCAGACACGUAAUAGAUAUUAAACAGAAUGGUACAUCAACUCGAGGCCUCAAGACCCAUGGUUGUGUGACCCUCCUACGGGGAGAAUCGCAGGCCGAGGAUCUAGGUUUAACUCGGUAAAAGGGGUGCUCGCGGGUCCCGAGGUAUAUGGGAAGAGAGUAAGAAGCUCUCAUGAAGCCUUGCCCGGCUCAUUGGUCAUGUGACCCAAACUUUGCUCCUCCCUACUCUCCCCACCCCACUACGUGCCUCGAUGCUUCCUCCGGAAACAGUGGAGGUGGGUCACGAUAGCCCACCCAGGCCAGUCCCGCACUCUAGUUUCCGUACCCUCCCAGUUGUUGCCUGAGGGCGCCAACCUAAAUCAAUAGGCUAUUUUCUAUUCUAUAGGACGUCGCAGAGUCCCCAGGAAAUCGAAGGGAGGGAGGAAGACCUUCCUACCCAAAUCGAAAAUGGCCGCCCCGGCGACGAAGAUGAUGGCUGCUUCCGUGCCCAUCUUGCCCGCCUUUGCCAAGAUCCAAAAUGGCCGGAGGGAGCGUCAGUCUAGGCAGAGCGAGUAGCUCUUUUCCGGGCCCAUUUAACGAGUAGGUGGAGUCCCGAGCACGCGUCCCGGGCCUAGUCAGGCCACGCCCCUGAAGGAAGUGACGGUUGAUAGCGGAAAGCCAUCGGUGCCGCGGGAAUUGAAAGUUGCGGAGAGCGGUGAUAACUAACUUGGAGGUACUGACGGCGCAGGAAGAGAGAAGGGGGCUCCUGGGGUGCAGAAGAAAGAAAAGGCGGAGGCGGCACGAUCGUCCCGUCAGACCGACCGCUAAGUGAACGAGGACGCGGGCGUCCGUCGGGCGGUGUCUGAGGAGCUGGGCGAAAGGAUACCAUGGGACCUGGAAAAGAAGCCAGUGAAGAAAGUGUGAUUUUAAUUAGUGACGAUGAGACAGAUGCUGAAACUACCUUAGGGAAUUCUGUUGUGGUGAUUGAUUCUUCUGAUAUACAAGAAGAUAAAUCUGAUCUAGAAGAGAAGAAAUCUGAAGAAAUUGUAGAUGAGGAAUCUGGACUAGUGGUUACUUUCUGUAAAAAAGGGAUGGUGAUGCCACAUGCAAGAUAUGACUGUAUGACUCACCCUUUUGAACGAACAGAGAAUGAGACGUGUAUUCCUGUUAAGCAAAAUUCAGAUAUGUGUGGUCAGUGCUACUGCUAUGUUUGUGAUAAACUAGCAUCAAAGUGUCAGUAUUGGACGACUUCUUCUUCUUGCCAUUGCAAUGCCCAUAACAAAAGUAAAUUUUGGAAGGAUCAGCGAAAUUUUACUUUGACUGGUGUUCUUGUAAUUUUUAACUUGGAACCUGCUGAGAUAGAUGCAGAUCUCCGUCAUGGGGGAGAGCUUCUGUUUAAAUUUCUUCGAGAGCUUUCUAUACAGUAUAACAACUAUCUUUCUGGAGAAAUUGUUUUGAGUCUUCAGGACUGUGUGUGUCCCUCAAAACAGACACCUGGCCAAUGUAGUGUCUGCAGCCGACUUCAAAAUGAGAUUAUAUAUAGGUAUUCAGAUGUUUUCAAUUUGGUAACUUCAUUUAUAAAUAAAGCAGAAAAAGAGAAGCCUAAAACUGCCGCUAUUAUGUUGUUGGGAGCAGCCAGGGAAAUAGCACUGCACAAGGAUCCUGCUCAGCCCUGGCAAAAUCUUGGACCAUCUGAGUCUUUGAAAUUGGCUGUACCUUUUCUCAUGUCAAGGAUUACCAAAAACCUCCAAAGGAUGCUUGUACUCAGUGAUUUUCCUAAACAACUUUAUGAAAAAUUCAUUGGCUUUUUCCAGACAAUUCCUCUUCCCCCUUAUUGUUUUAAGUUCACAAAUUGCCUGAAUGUUCCAUCAUGGGAUCACAGAUUACUAACUACGGUUUUAAAAGGCCAGAACAUUACUGGUGAACAAAAAAAGAAUGGAAAGAAGGAAUUCCUCUGGGAAGUUCUUAAUGUGAUAAAGGCUAGAACUGAAAAAAUGGAGAGUAUGGGACGGUACAAAGAACUAGUUCGCUAUUUGAAAGCAGUAAAGUGUAAUGAAGGCGUUGGGUUAAGGGAUCUUAGAGACAAGAUUCCUUUCUACUUGUGCAAAAGUGGUGAUUUCACCAAUGCUGCGUACUCAUUACUACUUCCCAUCAACAACCUGGCCUGCUGCACAGCCUGUCGACUCGCACCUGUGGAGUUUGAGUGCUACCUGAAGAUGUUCUGGACAGGAAGUGUCCCUUCAGGGAAGGAUUUCCAGGACUCUAAUGAGUGGAUUUUGAACGUGGGUUCUCCUGUAAAAUGUUGUACACUAAUUAAGCAGGCCCUCCGAGUACUCUACAACAAUCAGUCCUUGUACAGAAAUUCAAGAUGUUGGAGUACACUCAUCACAAUUUUGGGCAGUAGUCCUAUUUUGGAGCAGAAUGGUCUCCUAACUACUCUCACUCUGAGAGAACCACCAUCUUCCUUCAGACAGAUGGUGUGGGAUGUGUCCUUUGGCAUUUUAGAAGAAUUGAGAUUGAAAGUCAAUGUUUCUUUGCCUUCAAAUGUAUUUUAUGGUUCUUUAAACCUUGAGGCUUGUUUUCUUCUCACCAUUCAAGCUGUGCUUCAGAUGCUGAUAACUGACUUGCCAUGGUUGACUUCUUUUCUUGAAAUUAUGUUAGCUUUUGGGUGCCCAAGAUGAAAUAAUCUCUACACCUGAAACACUUCCCCCUUCUCUCAGUCUACUGCCAAAUCUAUGUCUUCUGAAAUCCUAACUAUCCUUCAAGACUAGUUCAAAUGAUGCUAACUCCAUGAAAUCUCUUCUACUCCCUGAAUAUUUCCACUAAACUCCUAAAGAGGAAAUGAUACUUUCUUUCAUCUGGCCUUCCCCAAAGUACUUGUCUUUGACAUUGUAGUUUUUAUACAUAUGCAUAAAAUGCAACGUAUAAAAUGCAGUGUAAGUGGAUAAAAGUACUGAGUUUGGGUCAUCCAAGAUGGGGAAGAGGUACAGCAAUCUCCAUACCCCACAACUCUUUUAAACAGAUUUAGAAAAUGUACAGGUCAAAUUCUGAUGAGGAAAUAAAAAGAAAAAAUGACAGCAAGUGAUUUUUUCCCCGCCUAGAUAAAGAUAAGGGAGACAGAUUUGUGGAUAUUGGGUAUAGCAUCUGGCCAGAAGCAUGACAGGUGAUUCAGUCUUAGCUUAAGGACAGAUGGUGCAUCCAGAGUUAACUGCUAGCUCUGUUGCUCACUGUCUAGUUCCAGAUCAUAGAUCCAGAAAAGACUAAAGAGGGGACCCAUAUCUACAUGUUGCAUUCCAAAUGAGAAAUAGUUGAUAAUCUCAGGCUGUAUACCAAACAAAGAGAUCAUCCAGUGGAUGAAGUAACUGAGAGACAAAGGACAGGACAUGUAUGUUUGCCUUUAUGUCACUUCACUAAUCCUGCAGAGAAGAACCUAGCAUUCAUCUGGGCCCAGUUCUGAUCCCCUAGAAGUCCCUUGGGACAGAGAACCAACACUUUUAAUCAUGAGUUGCCCAACAUGGAGGGACCGCGACCUGACUGAGAUUCUUUGAGAUUUAUCCUCCAAGGAAGUUGCUGUCAAAGGGGAGGAAAAGGUUACAUAAAGAAUAGUAGUGGAAAAUAAGGAAAAAAGGACUGGGAAGGUCUCAGGAAGAAGAAGAAAACUUAAAGACCUUGAGCAUAUGCAGAUAAAUCAAUAGGCAAGAUACUAAUAGCAGAAGGUUAUGUGGCCUCCAGAUCAAAUUAGUUCGGGUAUCUAUAAACAAGUAUUAUCAGACAAAGGAAAAUUAUUCUGGUGAAACAGGACUUUGAGGGAUAGGAGACUAUUGCAGGAUGUAACAGAAUGUUUAAAAUAAGAAUUGUGAAAAUAAGAUAUAUAGUCUACUCAGCAGAAAUAAUUGGCAGGAUUAGAAAUUUUUUUAAAAGAAUCCAUGGUGGCAAGUCUCACUAAAGAAACGAGAAGGGAUAGCUAAUAUAAGUAUACAGAAAUGAAGGACAGUCUGAAACCAAUAACAAAGGAAAGCAUUAUCCUCAAUACAAGCAAAAGUUAAUUGAUCUUCAACACAAGAUGAGUAGAGAUAAUUUAAGAAUUAGAGGGCUUCCUAAAAAAUAUGACAAGUCAAAAUACCUCAACACUAUAAUGUGAAAAAUAAUAUAAGAAACUGUCCAGGCCAUCCAAACAAAACAAAAGUACCAAUUCAAAGAAUCCAUAGGUUACAUUGUAAUCUCCAAGACAAUUAGUAGUUAAAUUUAACCAUUCCACUGACAAAUGAUUCUAUAUUUCUAUAAGCAACCAGGAGAAAGACCUUCAAAUAGAAAGGGAAGGAAAUUUAAAUUUUUGUUACUGAUGUUCAUUCAUUUCAGUUAUGUCGGACUCUUCAUGAUCCCAUUUGCGUUUUCCUUGGCAAAAAUCGUGGAGGAGUUUGCCAUUUACUUCUGCACCUCAUUUAUGGAUGAGGAAGCUGAGGCCAACAGAGUGAAAUAAUUUGUCCAGGGUCAUACAACUAGUAAGUGACUAAGGCUGAAUUUGAACUCUAGAAAAUUAGUCUUCCUGACUUCAGACCUGGCACAGUAUCUAGCAUAUCACCUAACUGUAAUUUUGAAUAAAUUUAAGACUAUUCUGAACCACUGAAAACCAAAGGAGAGAAUGAAAUGUCAUCUAAAGAGCAAAGGAACUCGAUACAGUCCAAGAUUAUUUACUCUACAAAUCUGAGUUUAACCAUAAAUGAAAAAAAGAUAAAAUCUUCAGUCAAAAAGAGACAUUUGAAACAUUACUUCAAAGAAAACCAGACCCCCCUAAAAUUAGUUAUUUCUCAAAUACCCAAGGUACCAGAAAUAUCAUGAAGAGAUAGUCCUUGAAGAGAUUUCUUUCAAAAUGUAUACAAAGAAACAUGAACAAAAGCAGAAGUCAAAUAGAAGUGGUGAUAGAGAAACAGGAAUGAAACCUAUCGUACAAAACCUCAUAAUGCUUUACCUAUAAGAAAAUCACUGUUUUAUGUGGGACUAAUUACAGAAUGGGUGAAGACAAGGUGAAAGAGGAAGAAGGUAGAAGAGGAUUGUAUGACAUAGUCACUUAAAAACUAAUAAUAAAGGGAAAAUAACUCUUGUGGUCUUUCAGGAAGAAAGUUUUAAUUCUUGAAGAAUGCAGAUAUGAAGGAUUAAAUAAUUAUAAUCACAAGUGAAACAAAAGUGUAGAGCAAACAAAAUUCAUAAGCAAUGAAGAGAAUGAAUAAAGAAAUCUUUUUAAAGAAAAAAAGCAGAAAAUGACAUUUCAAAAACUAUGAAACAAAAGGAAGGGGGAGGAAGAAGGUUAUUACUUGAGUAUUCGUAGAGAAGAAUUAACUAGGUUAUUUAUAUUACAUGUAUGUGUGUGUGUCUAUAUAUAAGAGGGGGGAGGGGGAAAGGGAGAGGAGACUGAUUAAUAAUCAAAACCAAGAGGUAACAAGUGAGGAAAUGGGCCUUCAGGAUGAAAGGAAAAGAGCCUGUAGGAAUAGGAUUACCUUAAAUUAAAGAAGGGAUAUAGUACUGUCUUUACAGAGGAAGAGGAAAAAAUGGGCUAAUUUGAAGAAGAAGAAACUUAGAGACAAAUGGAGGAAAUAUCAUAACUUUAAGUGUGUAUGGAAGAAAGAAUCCAAUAGAACAAUAAAAUAACAGAUUGAAUCUGUCCCCCCCACAAAACAUGAAAAAGAAAGACCCAGAGUAGAAAUGAGGAACAUAAAAGCAGGUAUUGCUAUAGUCAAGCUGUCAGAAACGCAAAAACUUUUAAUAUGUUAAGUGGUGUGUGUAGUAUCCCAAAAAUUCUUUCUGCAGUUUUAAGCUGUUAUAACAGUUAAAACCACAGGUGCACUAAAACUUUUGGGGACAUUGAAAAUAAAAUAGGCAUGUAGUGAUGGCUGAAUGCCCUUAUCUAUAAAUGUGAAUCAAGUUUGUUACCUUAUUAUAUUCUUAAAUGCUGUUUUCAGAUACCUCUGUAGAUAUUAAGUUAGGGAGAAAAGGAAAGAGAGAAAAAGAAUUACAAUGAAAUGUUUGCUAUGGCAGUACAUUAAAAUUUUUUUAAUUAAAAAAACUUUCCUAGAAAAAUUUCUGGGCACUAAAGCUGUUUUUGGAAGGCCUCUUGUACCGAAUGCCUGUUCUUCAUGAUGUUGUCAGUAUGAUUG